UUCCGCCAUGCGCAAGGAGGCAUCUUCCGGCUCAGGCCCUUCAGCGCCGAAGUCCGCGCUUCAAGCGUCCAGAAGUUCCCGGAAGUGGCCGGGCCGUAGGCUUCCGUUGUGGGUCGGGAAGAAUGGCGGUGGCCACCAUGUUCCCGGGUCUAGCACGGAUGCUUCCUCUGUCAAGGCGCCACCUAGCGUCUCCUUUGCUCAGCACACCAUCAUUCAGCCGUUUCUACAGAGGUGACAGCCCAACAGAUUCCCAGAAAGACAUGAUUGAAAUCCCUUUGCCUCCAUGGCAGGAGCGAACUGAUGAGUCCAUAGAAACCAAAAGAGCCCGGCUGCUCUAUGAGAGCAGAAAGAGGGGAAUGUUGGAAAACUGUAUUCUGCUUAGCCUCUUUGCUAAGGAAUAUCUGCACCACAUGACUGAGAAACAGCUGAACCUCUAUGAUCGUCUGAUUAAUGAGCCCAGUAAUGACUGGGAUAUUUACUACUGGGCCACAGAAGCAAAACCAGCCCCAGAAAUAUUUGAAAACGAGGUCAUGGCAUUGCUGAGAGACUUUGCUAAAAACAAAAACAAAGAGCAGAGACUACGUGCCCCGGAUCUGGAAUACCUCUUCGAAAAGCCACAUUGAGCUGUGUCCCUUCGCCUGCCCUGGGGGCUCAGUCCACGGACUUGAACUUAGGAUGGACGCUGGCCUUGACUUCCUGCUUCUCCGGAGACACUCAGCCCACCCAGACCAUUGGUCUUGCUGCAAAUGAUGGACCCAUCUCUCAGGACAUGUCAGUACUGGCCAUGACUCAUUCUGACACUUCUUGGUUCAGUUUUAAGCCUAAAAGCGCCUGCUGGUGUUGCCGGCCCUCUGGCCUCUUUCCCUGGUUCCUGUCCCUGGAGGCGGGCUCGGCCACAGGAGGGCAGUGUCGGGGAGGCCAUGGUGCUGGCUCAUUGCUUCAACCAGAAGCGUGUGCUCCGUGAAGAGAGGCAGCCAGCUGCGGGGCUGUGUGGUGAGCUUCCCCGAGCAUCCCAGGGCUUUGUUCAAGUGAAAUCCCUCCCCGCUUCCCCACCCGCUAGGGUCCCUCCUGCCAGGGCAGCGGACCCAAGCGCCCUGAGCCGAAUCUUUCCGGGACACGGCAGGCAGAACGAGGGCAGCCGGCAGGGAUGUGUGGGCAUGCCGCUGACGAGUCCACAUCCUCCUCAUGAGAUCUCCUCUAAAACGUUCACUCUGUAAAUGGAAAGAUAAUUAAAUAUUAAAGAAUAUUUUAUGAAGGAAAAA